AGUCACUGUAUGCUUGUUUCGGGCAGACUCUACCCUCCCACUGCCGCUCUCCGACGAGAAGGAGUUUAUUCACCGUCCCGUUGUAGAUCUGUAUUGUAUCUGUGUUUGUCAAUGACUGGUUUUAUACUCACGUCUUAGGAAUGCCAUGGCCACUCAGAAUAACCAGGAUUAUUUCAGGUCGGUCAGCAGCGAGUCGACCACAUACAUGAUGGUUCCGGCGAACAGCCGAGUUCGGGACUCGCCGUCGAAGUUAUGGAUCGCAAUGGUCGUGAUCGUGGUGGUCGUGCUGCAAAUCGCCUCGACCACUGGGCUCUUUGUCUAUUUAAAUAUGUCUUUAUCGCAGGUAAAGAACCAGGGGGUUACAGAAGAACUGCGGUGCCUAGGUUUGCUCAACGCCCUGGAUAAGGACAGGGACAUCCCUGAAGACCUGGCUCAACUGUUUGGAGAGCCUUGCAUCAAACUAGCUGAGGGUAUCAAGGCCUAUAUCUCCAAGGUUACAGACAGUAUCAUCUCCAAACAGGCUUUACAUGAAGCAAGAGCCAUGCCUCAUGCAUACAAUACAUCAGGUUCAAAGUUCAUGACCACAGUGACACAGAGGCCAUCAGCCCACCUGACCCUUAGCAGUCUCCCAGGUGGUGCUCUGUACUCGACCCCUCAAACAGACCUGCACCAGUCCUGCCGCCAUCCAGUCCGCUCCUGGACCAAUCAGAGCUUCGGCGCCCAUCUGCACAAUAUGACCCUGGCCAAUGGACGCCUUCGUGUACCCCAGGCUGGCCGCUACUACCUGUACUCUCAGGUGUACUUCCGCUACCCCUCCCCCAGUGAAGGCGAUCAACACAGCGCGAGCCACCAGCUAGUCCAGUGCAUCUAUAAGAAAACCUCCUACCUGAGGCCCAUUCAGCUUCUGAAGGGAGUGGGGACCAAAUGUUGGGCACCUGACGCAGAAUACGCCCUUCAUUCUGUGUACCAGGGCGGCCUAUUUGAGCUGCAAGCAGGCGACGAGGUGUUUGUGUCCGUCUCUUCGCCCAAGAUGGUGUAUGGUGAGGACUCUUCUAGCUACUUCGGAGCUUUCCGUCUGGACCUGUAAAAGCAUAUUGGAGGAGGUUCGCCAGGACUACAUUACCCCGAAAACACUGGACGAAUCAUUUUGGGGCUGCGAUUCAAAGAAAAGACUUAUCGUUUAUUCGUCUAACUCUCCUUUCUAUAAAACAGACUUUGAAUAUGUGAAGGAUGCAUGAAUGAGCGACAUUCGGAUAUGGUUGACAGAGGAAUGUAUGUAUAUUUCUACACUCACAUCAAAGAUGUGACUCUGAAACAGUAGCAAAAACAAGCAGGAUGAAUGCAGAGAAAAUCCCUGAAGGUGAAUCUGUGCCAAUGGUGUAUAUGUUUGAUGUGGGAACUUAAGUCUCCCCUGUCUGCUGGAGGGAAAUAUUUUUGUGCACCAUGGAUCUACCGCAGAAUUUUUAAAACAGAGUUAUGAGAAGAGAACGAUGACAGCUGGAAAGUGGAGGAAAGAGAGGGGAAGUAUGCAGCUCUACCAGCCUCAAAGAAGCAUCCUGGCAUGUUGCAGUACAUGUGGAAUUCUUCCGGUCCAGUCAAACAAUUGGAGCAGCAUGUCCUGACAUAAAAAUACCUAUAAAAAAAAAAAAUCAGUGAUGACACACACACACACACACACACACACACACACACACACACAGAAUUCUCAUUUUUGCAUACAUUACAUUUACAUAGACACCCACACUCAUAAGAUUAUUUAUGGCUUCCAAACAUGCAAAAUCCAGAAGUAAAAUACAACAGAUUUCCAAAAAAUGUAUUAAAUAAUUAUAAAUAAAUUAGUCUCGCAGUCAAACACAAAUCACACAGAAGUUUUCAUCCAAUUAUCUUACUUUACACUUUUACAAGAUGCAGAUACACCUGCAAACACACACAUGCACACACACACACACACACACAGUCUUCCUCUGCUGUCUGGUCUGGGGUGCUGGAGGAAGUGCUGUCAGGGAGGGGGCACAAAGAGGAACGUGCUCCCUGUCGCACAUGGUGUCGACUGUCUAAAAGGUUAAAUAAACUCUACAGCCCUCUGUUUGUUCAAAUAUCACGGCCUUUCAUAUUAUGCUUUGUUUUUGCUAAUGCUGCACACAUAUACAAACACACGUUGCAAGAUCUCCCUGAAGAAAUAAUUUCCUGACCAGUGGCACGUCAUACAUGUGACUUUCAUCUCUCUCUCUCUCUCUCUCUGUGGUUGGUUGGUUCAACCUGUGUAUAUAUUGUAUUUAAUUGAGAAUUGUGAGGUUUGGAAUUGAAUGUACAAGUGUUGUAAUGCUGGCUUUUCUACUAAGAUUUAUUUCUCUUUUUUUUCUCACUGUAAUGUAAACAGCCUCGAAAAACUGAUGUUCUCCAAACAAAGCAGCACUCUGAAAGAGAAAUGGGAAACUCUAUAUUAGCCAGCUUUUUUGAGGAAAAAGUGUUUCAAGGAGGAGAGGGUGGGGUUAUAACUUUCCACUGUAAAUGGUCAAAUGCUGCAACUCUGUCACAAUGGUGUUGCUCCGAUCGAACAAAAUACUUUCAUUGUAAACUGCAAAUGGGUUUUCUUCUUUCUGGACUCUGCUCCAGUUUUUACUGAUAAAGUCAGUAAGCUAAUGGGCCUCUGCCAAGACAAUGCCUUAAAUCACUUUAUACACAGAGAGCGAUUGAGCCUAGAUGCUUUGUGGUAUUUAGAUAUGGACACAAUGUUAGUUAUACCACACAUUACAAAACAUCAUUCUGUCUAGCUGUUAUAAGCAAUUUGUCUGGAUUAAGGAACUUGGAAGUAGAUUUAAUCCAAAGGGGGAAAACAAGUUAUUCUUUAACAGGUUAAAGCUUUCAGUGUACUGGCAUUUCACUUAGUUCUACUGAAAUGCACAAUAACACUAAACCAGAACAUGAUGUUAUUUAAACCAUGUCAUGAAACUUAUAACAUGCCAUAAUAUAAUAUGUCUAAAACUCUAUGCCAAUGGAGUAAAAUGUCCGAAUCCUCAGUAUUCAUAAAAGAGUAGGCGAGAAAUACCCGGAUGACCUACUUAAAUCUAGUGAGAUUCUGAAGUGUGCUUCCACUGGACAUUUUACUAUGUCAUAAUGCCACGGGAGCUGACUUAAUGUAAGAUUCAAAAAAAUAUUUAAAACAAACAGUGGAGAACUGCAAGUCAAGUGUCUCCUUUCAACUGUAAAUUUUUUAUAUACCAAGAAAUUUGAUUCUUGUGAUUAAAUUGUACUUGUUUUACAAAUUCAUAGUAAAUUAUCUCCAUGGCUGUUGACAUGAUUCAUAUUGGGGUCACAGGACAAUGCCCACGUUCCAGGAUGAUGUAUGUGCAGGAAUGUACUCAUAAUACUGCUGGCCUGCAUAACUAAACAUUUACAUUAUUAAUUCUUCAAAUGCAGUACAUACUCUGACAUUAUAAGGGAAAAAUUCAACCCAGACUUCAGAUCAGUUUUGAAGCAUACAUAACGUCAUCAUUUCCAAAUACCUAUCAGCCACUUAAUCAUUUAGAAGCCCCCUGAGUCCAGUGAGGCUUUGCACACCCUCACAAAUAAACAUCCACCUAAAGAUAACAAUGCCUUUAUAAAGUAUAGACUGCUAUUUUUCUCCCACUGUUUUAAAAGACAAUUGGAUGCUUACAUUUGUAAACAUUCCAGAAGUUCAAGUAAUCCCACUCAUUAUCCCUGCUUAUUAUCAAAGUCAAUCUGCUCUGGCCCGUCCAGGGCCUUAUGUGUGUUUACACAAGUGGAAAUAUGUAUCUGUAGAACAUAGAGAAAUAUGGGAGAUUGCAGCAGUACUUGCACUCUGAACCGCAAAGCACCACAAUGUGAACACAGAAGAAAAAUGGAUGUUAGGUGUAUUUGUGCGUGAGCGUGUGUUUUUUAAUUAAAUGCUCGAGUGGUUUCAAAAACAUUGGAUGUAAUGGAUUGCAUGCCCACUUUAAACAAAACUCUCACUGAGCGCUGGAGAGAUUUUAUGGGAGUGCUGUGAAAAACUGGAGGGAGUUUAACACAUUAAAAUCCAGUGAGCAACAUGAACUGUCAGGCGAAACAAAAAGUCUAUUGUUUUCCUUUUCCAGCGAGAGCCGCAAUCCUUUUUUUUUUUUUUCUUUUUUUUUUUUUGUGCCUUGGGACUGUUAAAAUCUCUGAACACCAAUCUCUGGGUCUUCUAAAAUUUUCCAUGUAAAGAAAGAUGCACUGUUUACCAACAUUGCACCUCCAUCUUGGUAAGAAUGUACUAAUAUCUCUCACUUUUUUUAUUGUCAUUUUACAAUGUCUGAUCUGUGUCCUUAAAACAUGUGCUCGAGGUGUCAUUUCCAAUCAUUAAAGUGCCUUUUUUUUUAA